AUGUCCGACUUGAGAGUCCUCAUUGUGGGCGCAUCCAUCGCAGGCCCAACAACAGCCUACUGGUUAGCCAAAGCCGGUGCAAAGGUCACAGUUAUCGAACGAUUCCCUCAACUACGUAUGAACGGUCAAAACAUAGACAUCCGCACCGUCGGAGUCUCAGUUAUGCGCAAGAUUAGCGGCAUGGAAGCAGCCGUACGAUCCAAACUCGUCCCCAUGGACGGCGCCAGCAUGGUCGGAAGAAACGGUCAACUAUACGGAACCCUACGAUCUACCGGAAACCCAGACCAGCAAUCCAUGAUCUCUGAAUUUGAGAUUCUACGUGGAGAUCUCGGAAAAAUCCUACAUGACAUGAGCAACGAAUACGAAAAUGUCAAGUAUGUUUUCGGCGAGCAGGUCGUCUCCAUGCAUGCAGAUUCAGAGGAUGGCCCCAUAACCGUCAAAUUCAUGAACGGGUAUCCGACCACAGAAUAUGACCUCGUUCUUGCUUGUGACGGCGCGAUGUCCCGAACCAGAGCUAUAGGUUUUGAUUGCAAUGUGCGAGACCAUGUUCGACCGACCAACGCAUGGGCAGUCUACUACUCUGUCAAUCAAGAUUUUCUCAACGGAAGCACAGUUGGAGAAGCCUACAGUGCACCAGGAGGUCGCAUGAUUGCCAUAGGCCCCGACUCACCAGGUGUGAAUCGAUUGACAUUGAUGAACAAUGGUGAAGAGUCCACCCGAAGAUUUCGUGACGCCAAAGCCAGCGGCACAGAUGCACUCAAAGAGUUUGUCGCAAGUCAUUACAAGAGUAUGGGCUGGAAAUGCGAGGAGGCUAUGCAGGGCAUGUUCGAAGCGAAGGACUUUUACGGUAGUGAAAUUGUCCAGGUCAAAAUGCCGACUCUUUCUAAGGGGCGUUUCGUACUAGUUGGUGACGCCGGCUAUGCGGGUGGUCCAACUGGUAAUGGAACCAGUCUUGCAAUGGCUGGAGCGUAUAUCUUGGCUGGGGAGAUUGCGAAAUGUGAGGGAAAUGUGGCGGCUGGGUUGAAGGCGUAUGAAGAACAGAUGCGUCCUCUCAUUACUGAACUGACGAAGAUCCCGCCACUGGUUCUUACUUUUAUUGCUCCGCAAACUGUGUGGGGAGUCUGGCUGCGAAAUUGGGUAUUCGCAUUCAUCUGUUGGAGUCGCAUCUUGGAUCUUGUGCAAGGAUUCUUCGGAGCCUCGUUUUCCAAUAGUGAGCAGUACAAGGUUCCUGAGUAUGAGUGGGCUGAGUGA